AUGGCAGGACGUAUACCCCGAUUAUUACGACUACACACCUUACCCGGACAAUUAGUAUUUCUCAGUACUGUUUCUGUGAUUGGUGGAUGGGGCAUAACGCAACUUCGUGAUCCUAAUGAUUUACCACUGAAUAAAUCUAAAGGAAAGGGAAAGAUCAUGCCUCAAAAUGAAUUGGUUGAUGCGAUUCAAUCUAGAGCUGGAUCAGGAUCCAAUACCCUCGGUGCUCAAGGGAGUCGAGGAGGGGGGAUUACCUUGGCGGAUGCUCUGACAGCUGAGAGAGGAGCAAGUCUGUGGUGGAAUUAUGCUAGAGAUAACGCUUCGAUAACUGGAAGAUUGGUUUCAAGAGAUAGGAAUUCAACUUUACUGGUUCCCAUAGAUAAAGCGAUAUUAGGUUUAAGCAGGAAACCACAUACACAUCCCGGUUUGAACUAUAAGGGAGCUUUCGCAUCUUCCAAAAUCAAUACGGAGAGAUUCCUCAGUGCUCAUAUAAUAGAUGGUCUUUCGGAAUCAGGAAAGCUGAAAACUAUGUUAGAUGGAUUUUCAGUGGAAUUGAUUCAAGAUAAAUCUGUUAAAGGAGGGUGGAAGAUACAGCCUGGUGAUAUUGAAGUCCUAGGCGUUAAAGAGACGAGUAAUGGAAGAAUCAUGUAUUUAAGUAAAGUAUUGCCAUAUUAG